AUGGAAGCGAAGAAAACCUUGUCGCCGGUUGACUAUGCCGUUUUUGCACUUUCUUUGAUAAUUGCCUUGGGGAUCGGCGUGUGGGGGGCAGUGACUGGUACGAAAAUGUCUGCGGAGGACAGUUUAGCGUCUGCUAAAGGUGUCAAAUUGGUGCCGAUCACGUUGUCGUUAUUGGCAACUUAUUUAUCGGCCGUCACGCUCGUCGGUGUACCGGCGGAGGUUUACGCCAAUGGGAGUCAAUGGGCUUUACAGCCGCUAGGUGCGGCACUAGGUAUCCUGAUUUCAGCGUACCUCGUCAUCCCUCUGAUGUACAACCUUCGGAUGUCGAGCCUUUUCGAGUACCUGGAGAGACGGUACCGAUCGCGCUUCGUGCGGAUCAUGGGCGUAGCUUUGUACGGCGUGUUCAACUUGUUGUACAUGGGUGUCGCUCUUUACGCGCCCGUUUUGGCGAUUUCUUCGGCUGCGGAGUUCCCGCAAUGGAUCGGCAUUUUACUUGCUGGCGGCGUUUGCACCGUCUAUACUGUGAUCGUAUGGACGCAUUGCGUCUACCAAAAGGACAUGGAGGUGGAGCAAUUGGAUAUUUGGCAGGGCAACUGGAGAGGGAGUGAUGCCCUGAUGGGCGGAUUGAGAGCAGUAAUUUGGACUGAUGUGUUCCAAAUGAUAGUCAUGGUCAUGGGGAUGAUUGCGAUAAUUGUCAGCGGAUGCUUUCACGUCGGCGGCCUGGGGAGAGUGCUUGAGAUCGCGCAUGAGUUCUCGAGAACUUCUGUUUUCGAAUUUUCAUUCGACCCGUACAUGAGACACACGACUUGGAUGAUCCUGGGCAAUUCGAUUGUUUUGUGGGUCGGAGUGCACGGAACGAAUCACGCUUCGUUCCAGCGCUACAACAGUCUGCCUACGGUCGAAGCAGCGCAGAGGUCAAUUUUGCUGAAUGCUCCUGGGUCAAUUAUUGCUGUUUGGAUGUCGAUCCUCGCCGGAAUUUCGAUAUUCGCCUUUUACGCUCACUGUGACCCACUGAAAGCAGGCGUGAUCAAGAGGCCGGACGAAAUCGUUCCAUACUACGUGCUUAACGAGCUCUCUGCAAUUUAUGGACUACCAGGACUUUUCUUGGCUUGUCUCUUCAGCGGGGCUCUC